GUUACAAAAAUAAGAUAAGAUCGAGGUGAUCGAUGCAGAGCAAGAUAAAAGGAAAACCCAAAAAUCUCCCUCAAACAAUCCAGAAUCUAUUACGUUGUUUUGUUUCGUUGUGCCAACAUGACUAUCAUCUGCGUAAUUUGCACAGAACCUCUGCGUGCCAAUGAGAACUUUAGUGUAACAUCCUGUGGUCACACUUUUCACAAUCAGUGCAUCAAGCAAUGGAUCCAGAGAUCUCAAACCUGCCCACAGUGCAGGAAAGUCUGUACAAAGAAGGAUCUGCGUCAGCUCUUCCUCCAGAUGACGGAUCAGGGAGCGCAGGAUGUGGAGAAUAAUUUGAAGCAGAAGGAAAAGGAACUAAAGGACGAGAAGAAAAAGUACGAUGCACUCAACAAAAAGUACAAGAAGAAGGUCUCCGCAUGCGAUAAAGUUCUGCGCGAAGUCCAAAUUCUUCGAAGCGACAAACUGAAAUCCUCAAAGACAAUCGUUGACAUGGAGAACAAGCUGAGUGAAAUUGAUUCCAUUUUGGUUACCCAAAAUAAGAAUUACAAAGAAGUAAUCACUGCCAAUAGCCAGAUGAAAAUUGAAUUGACGAGUCUGAGGGCUUCCAAGGCCAACUUUGAGAAGACAAUAGUUGACCUGAAGAACCACCUGAGUCUGGAAACGAAGGCUAAUGAUCAGAUGGAAAGGGAACUCAGGAAUCUUCAAAGGGAAAACGAGAAUUUGAAGAAGCAAAACACCCAAAGUUCUACAAAUAAGUUGUCAAACAAAGAAUUGACUAAACAGCUGGAGAUCAUGAAACGAAAAUGCAAAGAACGGGAAAAUACUGUAGAAAUGCUUCGAAGGGAAAUGGAGCUUAUGUGUUAUUAUGCUGAAAAUACGGUGUCGAACAACGACUACUUGGAACGUUCAAGGCACAACGAAAGGAAACAGCAGAAGUCCACGAAGUGGAUAUGGUUUCUUCUCGCAGCAGGAUCUCUUGCUUUUCUGUACAAGCGCAUCAAAUCAUAAAAAGGACCUUCAUCGAACUUUCUUUUCUUCCUCCGAAGAUGACUGACAAGGCCAUAGAAGAUUUUCUCAGGAUUUUUUUUACUUAAUAACUUUUUUGACUUUGAAGGGAUUCAGAAAUAAUUAUUUGUUUGUGAUAUGAUAAUUUGCUGUAUUAUUGAAUUUUGUAUUGAGUGAAAUAAAUUGAUUUAACCUGCAGGCCGCCAA